AUGUUCACCUUUUUACCUGAACCCUGUCUACAAGUUGGUGGGGUAAGUUUAAUUGCAAAUUUUGAUACAAUCAGUCCAACACUCUGCGCCUCUUAUAACUCGUGUCUGAUUGACGUCGGCGAAAUCGCGUUGUCUGGUUGUAAUAUAGUCCAAGAGAUGCCAGUGCUUAGACCGUCGGUGCAUCCAGGUAGCCUUUCUUUAAUUACGCUGCUGGAAAAGGGUGUUAAUAAUGACUUAUCCAAAUUCCGCACAAAGAUAGAUGAGUCUGAUUCCCUUACUGCUUGCGCUUCCCUGACCAACCCUUGCGUUGAAAUCGCCAAGAACUACAAUUUUGUCAUCUUUAUGUAUUCUCUGAAGAGUGGUACGAAGGCAUUCUUAAAACAUAUCUUUUGCCAAUUUUUCUGCGUCAUGAGUUGGGGCAGAUCUUUUGUCCGACAGACGGGUUUUAGACAGUGCAGCAAUGUCAAUUUAAUAUCUGCCCAGCUCGAGGACAAUAAAAGCAGUGCGCCGCGCAGAUCGUUCCGUAAUAGUUUGGUCCAAAAGCAUUCCAACGUUCAAGGUCGCAAAUCAAAUAGGUAA